AUGUCUGAACCAAUCCCGGAAUCGAUCCCCACCAGCGCUGAUCCGCGCAGCAAGCGACCGCUCAAACGCCGCGCCCUCACGCCCGUGUCCGAGCAAGCAACGCAGAUCGAGAACCUCUUCAAAGACCCUACGAAGGAAAUCCGCAUCCCGGAACCGUCGAAACCCAAAACCGCAGCCGACCUCCCGCCUCCGCCGGAGAUUGUCACGAAUGUCCAAGGUUCGUCGGCCGGUGCCGGAUCGGGCGAGUUCCACGUCUACAAGGCCAGUCGCCGGCGAGAAUAUGAGCGCUUGAGGCUCAUGGAGGAGGAGGUCCAGCGGGAGAAGGCGGACAAGGAAUUCGAGCAACGGCGAGCAGAGGCCAAGCGCAAGGACGAAGAGAAAACCGAGAAGAAUCGGAGGAAGCGGGAGAAAAGGAGGGCCGCAAAGAACAGGAAGGCCGCUGCGGGAAAUAACAACGGUGCGGUGGAUGACGAGAUGAAGAUCGAUAACGAGAAUGAAACCGACGCGAAGAAGCCCGCGAGGCCAGGACUUGCUGAGCAGCGUAAGGAUGACAACAGGCACUUGGCCGUGGAAAACGUCCCUGAGGAUCAGCAGGUUCACGAAGAGCCGGGAGUCAUAAUUCACGAAGAAGAUUGA